AUGCCGCGCGGGCCCCCACCCAGCCUGCAGCACCGCCCCGCCGCAGCGGUCGCUGAGGCCGCGGGCGUGGCGGGGCCCUCGCGGCUGGCUCCGGAGAGGCCCUGGCCCGUGCCCGAGCUCGCCCUGUUGCCGACCGCGGCGGGGCGGAGUGGGCGCGCCACGAGGGCGCUCCGCGACACCCGCCCGCGCGGCGCCGGCGGCCGCAAGCGCGCGGCCGCCGCGGCGGCCUCGGGGCUGCUGGCCUCGAACCCGCGCUGGAGGCCGCGGCAGCAGCGCGGGGUCCGCUCGGCCGGGCGGAGCGACGGCGGCGAGGUUGGCGAGGUGGCGGAAUACGACUACACCAAGCCGACCUGCGAAGUGCACCGGCACCCAGAUUACCUGGUGGACAACGAGCGGGGGACCAGCUCCAGCUCGGGGUACAACCCGCUCGUGCACGGCGAGGUGGCGGGGGACUUCGCCGACAUCAGACGCACCUUUGACUACUCGUGGCACACCAACUACAGCCUGGGGCGCCAGGCCUGGCAGGACGAGGCCAUCCGUGGUGUGGUGCGGGGUACGGGCGCGCAGGUGCAGCCCUGGCUGAUCUUCACGUGUGGCGCCAUGGGUGCUGGCAAGGGGCACGCCAUGGGCUGGCUCUCGAGGCACAACGAUUUCCCCCUCGAGGACAUGGUGCACAUCGACCCCGACCGAUUCAAGGCCACCAUGCCAGAGUGGGAGGGGUACAAGCGGCACUCCCCUGCCGAGGCGGGGACGAUGUGCCACAAGGAGUCCGGCUUCCUCCAAGAGCUCGCCCAGGAGGUGGCCUUGCGGCGGGGCCACCACGUCUGGGUCGACGGCAGCCUUGCGGACCACCAGUGGUACUGCCGCGUCUUCCAGGACAUUCGGGACAGGUUCCCUCGGCACCGGAUCGCCAUCGUGUACGUCCAUUGCCGCCCCGAAUUGGUCUUCCAGCGCGCCGAAGCCCGCGGCCGGAAGACGGGCCGCUUCGUGCCGAGACAGGUGCUGGAGGCCUCGAUCGAGAAGACGAGGGAGUCCAUCAAGGUGCUGGGGCCGAAGGCCGACUUCGUGGCCAUCAUUAAUAACGACGCAGUGGUCCCCGAGGUGGAGGUGUGCGAGGAGCACAGCGCCGACAGCGUCAGCGUGUACGAGCACUGCGACGUGCCCAGCACCGUCCCGAUGCCGCCGCCGUUCCGGAGCGAGCGCGCCGGCGGGGAGGUGGCGUUCUGGGCUCCCCGCGUCCGCUGCACCCGCGGCUGCGCCGUGGGCGCGUGCGUCGGGGAGUGCGGGCUCCUUGGGAAGUUCGUGGACAAGGUGAACAGCGAGCUCGGCGGGCGCUGGAUCCAGGCGGGCGCCGCCACGCCCGCCCCCUUCGCGGUCGUCCGGCGGUGGCUCUCCCGGCGCCCCUUCGCCGUGCUGCGGCGCUCCGCGGGCACCAGGGCCUGA